AUGGCGAAUCUCAUGGCCCAGGCGUGCGAGCGGUGUUGGAAGCGGAAACAAAGGUGCGAUCGUCGUCGGCCUGUCUGCCAGCAGUGUCGGCUGGUAUCGGCUCCGUGCUAUGAGCGGCGGCAUGGGGUGACGGUUGAUUUGUCCGACCCUGCAUCUCAGUUCAGCUACAUCGAGGGUCUCAAGCAAAGAAUACGGAAUUUGGAACACUCGACAGCUCAAUCACCAACACCACAACGCUAUGAACAAGCCAGCACCGCCCCCAAAGCCCCAGUGCCAGGCUCCGGGCUGGAGCCGGGUCCGACGGCCCACCAGACCGCCAGCAGGGCCUCCAUCCAAGCCGAGAUGGGAUCCCUCUCACUGGCGGCCAUGGCCGAGUUCUCAGGGGAGCAGCACCCGGCCCACCUGCAGGCGCGGCCCUUCCUCUCCUUCCAGACCCUGUUCCGCGCGGCCGCCGGCUCGGGCGCCGGCAACCUAUCGCGGUCCGACAGCCCCAGCCCGGCGCUGACGGGGCCGCUCGGCGACUUCUACCUGGGCCUGCUGCGGUGCGGGGUGCAGAUGGACGCGUUCGACACGCGGCGCCACUUUGAGCGGUACCUGGACGUGGCGCUCCUGUGCUUCCCGCUGACGGGGCGCGCGCACCUCGACGACGAGUUCGCCGUCGUGUCCCAGAGCCAGACCGCGGGCACGGCGGGCCAGCUGCUGUACAGCUCGCCGGCCAAGGUGCUGCGCGUGUACGUCGCCGUCGCCACGGGGAUACUGCUGACGCCCGACUGCCGGCACAUGGAGAGCUUCGCCACCACCUUGGCCCUCGCUGCCCACCAGCACCUGCCCAGGGUGGCCGUGUCGGCCGGCGAGCUGGAGACGGUGCAGUGCCUGAUGAUGAUGACCAUCUUUUCUCUGUUUUCCAGCAGCGGAGGGUCGACCUGGCAUCUGCUGGGGCUGGCGCUCUCGCGGUGCUUGUCUGCUGGUAUGCAUCACGUGAGGGUGAGCGACCCGCUGUCGGAUGACGACGAGAAGCGUGGCUGCAGUCGUUGCUUCUGGUGUCUUUAUGCACUUGAUACUUUGAUAAGUACCUCACUGGACCGUCCUUUUCUUAUACAAGAUGAAGACAUCACCACUCCUCAACCACCAUCAAACAGCAGUCCGGACCACGACCUCGGACCAUUCCAUGACAACAUCAUCCAGUGCGCCAGGCUACUCCGCGAUGCACGCCGGCAUCCAAGCAAGGGUGCUCUUUUCCACUUUUUCAACAUGAGGCACUUUAUAGAAACGGCACCCCGACACCCCCAGGCCCCCGACACGCAGUCGGCUCUGCUGGAUGGCGUCUGGGGCCGACUGUGCUGCGGCGCAUUGUUAGAAGUGCUGUCGAGCCUCGGGCCGUCCCAGCGCUCCCCGGAAAACGCCAUGGUGACGAGCUUCGCGCGGACGAGGUUCAUACAGUUCAUCGACGCCCUGGACGAGCAGCACUCGACACAGAGCUUCUCCUUCAUGGGCUGCGACGGCCUGAUGGUGUUCAAGAUGGCGGCGGAGCUGCUGCUCUGCGACCCGGCGCCGGGGCGCGGUCGGGCGCAGGCGCUGGCGCAAAAGUGCAUCCGCCUGCUGGUGGUCAUCGCCGAGAGGUUCCCCGCGGUGCGCUCGCUGAGGGAGGUGCUGGAGCAGCUGGCCGUGCUCGUCGCGCAGGGCGAGCGGGCCGCCGAGGUCGAGUGGGUACGCCUGGAGCGGGACCUGGAGAGGUCCGCGGUGCCGAUACCCGUCCGGGUGCACGAUUUGAUACGCAGCUUUAGAGUACACACGCCGGCGACGCAUCGGUCCGUGUGA